AUGAUGUUGAAUGCACUCAGGGCCUCGACGCGUCGCGGGCUGUCAGCACAUCUUCGCCUAUUGACCACCGCUACACCCGCAGAAAAAGAACAGCUCAUCUACCAGAAACUCACAGAAAGGUUCUCUCCCUCGCGCCUUGCUAUUGAAGACAUAUCGGGCGGUUGCGGGACUUUCUAUGCCAUAUCCAUUGCUAGUGAAGCAUUCAAGGGCAUCCCCAUAGUAAAACAGCACCAACUCGUAACGAAAACGCUCAAGACGGAAAUUGAGGAAAUCCACGGUUUACAAAUAAAAACCAGUACCGAAUGA